GGUAGACAUAGAACAUAACUCUGAAGUCGGAUCAAGGACUCUUUCCAAGGAAUUGGUCCCACCUGUCUAGGGUAUCAACAGAAACGAGAACAUCUAAAAGACACAGCAAGUGACCCCACCCCCGCCUCCAAGCGGCAUGCCCAUCUGACGUCAUUGUUAUUGAGGCAACGGUAGCGGCAGCGUAGCUCUGAAGGAACGUUUUCCCACAUAGACCGAUAGGCUACUACUGUACCGGACGGACCCUUCGGAGGCUGUAGUCUACCUGCCGUGAAAACCUGCCACAGGCCCCAUGUUGCUGCGAGCCUACGCGCUGACGAAGGAGUGACAAACGUACCGUUCUAUCCUGUUUCUAGGAAAGCCCGUGGAUGGUUCUAUCCGCGGGAACACAUCGCGCAAACAUGUCAAGAAACCAGAGGACUCCGCUGAAACAUACGGACAAUUUAGUGGAGGUCAAGAGCAAGUUUGAGGCGGAAUACAGGCGUUUCGCCCUGAAGAGGACCGGUUCCGGAGGGUUCCAGGAGUUCUACCGGCUGCUGCAGACGGUACACCGCAUCCCCGGUGUGGAGGUGCUGUUGGGAUACGCCGAUGUACAAGGAGACCUCCUGCCCAUCAACAAUGACGACAACUUCCUGAAGGCCCUGUCCUCAGCCAAUCCGCUGCUCCGAAUCAUCAUCCAGAAGAGAGAUGUGGAUGAGCCAGUGGUCUUUGCCACCAACUCUCUCCAGCGGAGGAGAAAGGGCCUGGCGGGGCUCCGCCCAGCUCAGCAGAAAGCCAAACCGGGACUCCUGAUUGGUCUUCCCCAGGACUUCCGGCAGAUUUCCUCCAUCAUCGACGUGGACAUCCUGCCGGAGACCCACCGCCGUGUGCGUCUGCACAAGCACGGCUCCCACAAGCCCCUGGGCUUCUACAUCCGAGACGGGGUGAGCGUGCGCGUGACGCAGCAGGGCGUGGAGAAGGUUCCGGGCGUGUUCAUCUCCCGGCUGGUGAGGGGCGGGCUGGCGGAGAGCACGGGGCUGCUGGGGGUCAACGACGAGAUCCUGGAGGUCAACGGCAUUGACGUCAGCGGGAAAUCCCUGGACCAAGUGACGGACAUGAUGGUGGCCAACAGCCACAACCUUAUCGUCACCGUCAAACCGGCUAAUCAGAGGAACAAUGUGGUGCAUCGUGGGAGCAAGGCGUCGGCGGCCAACAGCUCCACCGGCUCCGCUGGCUCCUUUGUCUCCCGUGACUCCGCCCCCAGCCCCUCCUCCCAGAGCGUCAGCCACAGUCACUAUAGCAACAGCAACAGCGUCGCCGAGGGCGACAGCGACGAGGACGGCGACCUCAUCAUCGAGAGCGACGGCCUGCCUUCCUACGUGCCACACCCCGUGUCCAAUGGCAACGGUAGCCACGGCGACUUCCCGUCGGCCUCGUCCCCAGGGCACGGGCCCUUCCCCCAGAGCGUGUCGCUGCCCAGUAGCGUGUCGCUGUCGGACAGCAAGGCCUCGCUCAGCUCGCUGACCACGCCCACCCAGAACGGAAGCCCCGCCCCCAGCCCGGCGAGAACCAGUAGCAGUCAAGAGAGCAUGAGAGAGGACGGCAACAUUAUCACCUUGUAACACACGCACUUUGGAUUGCCCUGAAACCCACAAACACCCUGGUAGGAACUAAAACACGCUGGAACACUCUGGUUUUCCCCCCCAAGGCUGGACACAGGCGAUGCUCUGGUGACCUGGUUGGAAGUACGACGUCUCUCUCUCCUUGUGGAGGAGAGAGCCAGUUAUGAUGUCAUCCUCAGUGAUGCCUGGCACUAGUACAAUUAACCAAUUAACCAACCAACCAACCCAGCAGCAGCUGUCUGACACACCAGCAGGCAUCAUGACCUGACUGAAGUACACAUCACACACUGGAACAUCAACAACAUGACAACAGAACACACAGGGCAUUCUCGAUUCCAGGAAGUGGCUGUCACCACACAGGAAGUGCCUUGGGUCUUCCUAUGCACUCAAUUUGUCCAUGCCUAGAUCACAUGACCUGAAUCACCUGACUCCAUCUAAUCCUCGACCUAGAUUGCCUGAGUCACAUGACCUGGGUCUCUCCAGUCACCUGAUCUGGGAGCUUCUGCUGUCUAUUUUUACGUGUGUCUUUUAAAUUUCAAGAAUAUCUUAGAAGACAGGUCGAUUUACUGCACACUAUGAUGUCACUGACUGACUGACCACUAUGCGUGCCCAUUGGUCCAUGAGUUGGCCUUUGACCUUCUGAUAUUUAUGUCAUAUUUUCUUUGGGGUGUGACACCUACUAUGGCCCAGAGAACAAUAAGAGAUCGCAGCAUUAUCAGACUGGUUGUUUCACAGAACUUUCCCAUGCUGUGGUGUUGGUGGCUGUAGUCCCAGUCUUGUCCUCUGACACCCCACACUGUCCUCACUAGCAGUCUGGUCUUGUCGACCGAUAACUCACAGUCCCUCCUCCCCUCCCACUCUUCUCAACCCCUCCUUUCCUCCAGUUCUCAUCCCCUGCUCCUUCCUUCUCCACCAAGUCUCCCGCCAACCUAAUCUCUGCUGAGCGGAAAUAUACAAACACACAAUAGAGGACAGACCUACAGCUCCAGCUCAGGGGUCGUGACCUCUGCCAGACUCAGCUGUUUACAUGCACACUUAUUACUGCUGGGGAUUCUGGGUAAAAAUAAGGAAAUUCCUCUCAUGUUUGGAGAGCCUAGAGCAAUGCACACUGGGACCUUGUUCACACAGACCACUCCUGUCUGUAAAUGUAAACCUGAGGCUGUGUGUGUGUGUGUGGUUGAUACUCUAAAACUACCAAGGGGAUUUUUGUUAGUUCUCCCGGUGUUGAUGUCUGUCUUUCUGUAGAUUCUGUCUGUGUGUGUGUGUGUGUGUGUGCGCGUGUGCGUGAGCGAGGGAAAGAGUGAGUGGGUCUUUUGGUAUGUGUGUGCGUGUGUAUGUGUAGAAACAGAGAAUCACGCCCCCACUGGAUCAAAUAACCCACCACACCAGAGCUAUAUAAUAUGGGGUUUUCAUGGUUGUUGCAGGUCAGGAUGUAUUCUUGUCUGAAUCCAGCUGCAAUAACAGGUGUCGUAACUCACCUCUCCCUGCCAGGGGAGGUAGCUGGCCUGAGAGAGGUCCCCUCCCGCUGGUCAGAGAACCAGACAGCGGAGGAUCCCUUGGUCAUCUGUGGCACAGCAGAGUCAACCAUUCUUUGUGGAAUGACUCUUUUGGGAUGGUGGUCAGAUGUGGGUCCCAAUUAGGGAAGAGCUGAGGUUCCAGUGUCUUCUGAGAGGAGAGAAGUAGCAGAUGGUUCUCUGAGCUGAGAGCUGAUGAACUUUUUCCAUGGGAGAGAGAAACCAUCAUUCGAAGAUUAAAGCGAUGUUCAUGUAUGUUUAACACUCUGCACAUGGACAAAAACAUGGUUCUGCCCUCGAAUCACCUGAGUUCCCAAAAGCCAAUGAUGUAUCAUCUGCUUAUAGACCACUGUCUGUGCACACACACACGCAACCACUGAAGACUGCUGUGUCUGGUCUAGUAUGUAACUAUGUGUAUAUAUAAGUGAUUGAAGAAUAUAAACAAGGGAUUUUUAAUCAAAGGGGAGAGCUUUUGUAAAAGAACAUUUUAUAAAUGUGUAAAAUAUGGAGAAUAUUUUCUUAUUCUUGUACUUUUAUUUGUUAACGAGAGCUUCCUGUUUGACAGGGAAUGUGUAGGAAUCUGACGGGCCUGGCUGUGCUAUACUGUGAAUGUCAUAUAGAGAUAUACUGAUUAUAUAAGAAGACAUAUUAUGAGAAUAAAAUAUUAUGGAAAAGGU